AUGUCAUUUCGACUGCUCGCGAACGCGGCCUGCAGGCAAGGCGCAAAGUCUCGCCCCCUGCAUUCCUCCUCUCUGCGUCGCAAUGAAGGUGGAGGCUUCAGCAAUAUGCUCGCGGGCGGUCCCAGUCCCACAGUUCAAGUCAAGACCAUAACGAACGAAGGCAUCGAAUUAGCAGACGGACUCAUCAUCCCCGGCGCGUCCAUUUUCUUGGACGGUAAGGUCUUCCUAUGGGAUGUUCCAGAGAAGCAGUGGGAAGGAUGGGACAAGAAGCAUUUCGGGAUCUUCGACGUUGUCGUACCGAAACCUGAACUCUUGCUGUUCGGUACUGGAAAGAAGGUCGCGUUUGUGCCGCCUAUGCUCAGGCAAUACAUCAGUUCCCUCGGCAUACAAGUUGACGUUAUGGACACUUGGAACGCAUGCUCGACCUACAACAUGCUGGCUGAGGAGGGCCGGCAGGUUGCGGCAGCCCUUUUGCCGUUGGGAGCGACCGCACGACCAUGGCGGAGUCCGCCAUCACAAUGA